CGGGGCUCUCACGGCCGUUUCAGCAUGGCCGCCGGCGCCGCGGCUGCUUUGGCGUUCUUGAACCAAGAGAGCCGAGCUCGGGCUCGGGGCCUCGGGGGCCUGAGGGUUCCGGCUCCGGUCACAAUGGAUAGUUUCUUCUUCGGUUGUGAGCUCUCCAGCCACACCCGCUCCUUUACUUUCAAGGUUGAGGAAGAGGAUGAUACAGAACAUGUGCUGGCUUUGAACAUGCUGUGCCUUACCGAGGGGGCCAAGGACGAGUGUAAUGUGGUGGAAGUUGUGGCCCGCGAUCACGACAAUCAGGAGAUUGCAGUUCCUGUGGCCAACCUCAGGUUGUCUUGCCAGCCCAUGCUCAGCGUAGAUGACUUCCAGCUCCAACCACCUGUAACGUUCCGCCUCAAGUCCGGUUCUGGCCCUGUGCGGAUCACUGGUCGGCAUCAGAUUGUUUGUAUAAACAACGAUCUUUCUGAAGAAAGUCCGGAUGAGAGUGAAGAUGAAAUUAAGCUGUGUGGAAUCCUUCCUGCCAAAAAGCAUAGGGGCAGGCCUUAGCCCUCUGGUCAGGGAGCUGCUUGCUACAGGUGCCAUGUUCCAUAUGUCCCUGGACAAGUUCAAGGAUGGUUUUCUCGCUGAAGAGGAUGGUUUAGGAAGGGGGUGGGUGGGAGGGACUUAGGCUGGUCUGAGAGACCAGUCAUUCUCCUUAGGGUCCUGUGGUUCCUGAAGCUUCCCUUUUCUUCUGGAGUGGGAUGACCUUUGAACAUCUCUUGUAACCCACCUACCCAGACUAAAAGUUUUGUAAAGCCCCAGGUUCAAUCCCCAGCACUACAAAACAAAACAAAACAAAAAAAACCACCAUGAAGUUCAGAGCACAUUUUUAACACUUUUUACAUUUUUAGAUAAAUAUCUAAAUAAAGUGGUGUAUGGUUUUUUGCAA